UUCUUCCUCCCCAAGUCGCCGUCAUGGCGGACGAAGAGAGGGGAGAGGCGGCCUCCGAGGUCCUCGACCGGUUCCACUCGCUGGUGGAGGUCGCCGACCGGAAGUUCGCCCGCGUCCGCGACCUCCCGCCUACCGCCCGCGGGGCCCUCCACCUCCUCCACUGCCGCAAGGCCUUCAAGGCCUACACCCGGCUCUGGCAGUUUCAGCAGCAGCGACGGCGCGAGCUCGUCGCUGGAGGCCUCCGCCGCUGGGAGAUUGGUGACAUCGCCUCCCGGAUCGGGCAGCUCUACUACGGCCAGUACCAGCGGACCAGUGAGGUCCGCUUCCUCCUCGAGGCCUACGUCUUCUACGAGGCGAUCGUGAGUAGGGGGUACUUCGAGGCGGCGAGGGCGUCUGCGGCGCCUGAUCUCAAGCUGAGGUACAAGGAGCUGAGGUUCCAAGCGCGGUUCUUCAUCGUGGCAUUGUUGCUGAAUCGGACUGAUGAGGUGAGGCAGCUCGCUGACCGGUUUAGGGCUCUGGUGGAGGAGUCAAAGGCCGCCUUCCCGGCGACUAACUUUAAGGAAUGGAAGCAAGUAGCGCAAGAAAUUUCCAGGUUUUUAAAAGCUGAUGUAUCUUCUAAAAUUUCCAGGCCCUUGAGAUACAAUGUCUUGUUUGAUGCUCAUCCAUCUUCCUUCCCCUAUAUUGCACGAUUUCAUGCUAAUAGAGUGUUGAGACUCCGAGAUGCUUUGCUGGCAAGCUAUCGCCGGAAUGAGAUCAAGUUUGCAGAACUUAGCCUCGACACUUACAGAAUGGUACAGUGUUUGGAAUGGGAACCCAGUGGAUCCUCCUACCAACUUUUUAGAAAAGAACCAUACGAAAAUGGUGCUUUCAGUGACCAGAGUGGAGCCUCUGGAUUGAUUGACAUAAACCUUGCUGCUGAUCUGAUGGAUCCAGAUCUGCCUCCAAACCCACGUAAAGCAGUUAUUUAUCACCCUUCUGUCUCACAAUUUCUUGCGGUAACUGCUACAAUAUGUGAAGAGUUGUCUUCAGACAGCAUUUUGCUGAUCUAUAUAUCAGCUUCAGGAAAGACAGAUUGUAGUGUUGCUUCUCACAAAAAUGUUAAUGGAAAGUCAACAAACUCCUCAAAAGCAAAUCAUGCUCCACAGGCUUCUUGGAAAAGGGACAGCUCACCGUCUCAACCUGCCACUGAUGAUAAGCUAUACUCAAGUACAAAUCCCGGGAGUUAUUUAUGCCUCGGUGCUCAAGGUUCUAACAACCUCUAUCCUGACGAUUUGGUUCCAUUUACACGAAAGCCACUUUUUCUUAUUAUUGACAGUGAUAGUAGCCGAGCAUUCAAGACUAUACAUGGUGCAGAAAGAGGAGAAGCAUCUGCCUUGCUUCUUUCACAUGAGAAACCAUUGUCGGUAUCUGAGACUGAUCUAACAUCUAGUGGAAGCCAAUUUACAUAUUUCCUAACUGCCCCAUUACAGGCCUUUUGCCAGUUAGUAGGCCUUUCUCCUGAUGUAGAAGCUGAUAUAUACAGCAACGCUGAGAGUCUGCUUUCUUCUGCUUUAGCUGAAUGGGAAGUUACACUCUGUACAUCUAAGUCCCUUGAUCGGGUAUGGGCUCAGGUGUUAACUGAUCCAUUUCUACGACGGCUGAUUCUAAGGUUUAUAUUCUGCCGAACCGUGCUUUCUCUCUUUUGUUCUCCAUCAGACAGUGCCGUGCACCUACCUGAAUGUGUCCCUAAACUUCCCAAGUCUCUCUCUCCGGAAUCUGCUGUAACACAGAUCCAUAUCCAUCAUCUUGCAGAAAGAUUAGGUGUCUCGAACCAUUUUCACUUUCUAGAUGCCAUCGAGGACUCUGUUCAGAGCAGGUGAUUAAGAAGAAUACUGUAUAAUCAUCUGUAGAUAGAAACAUAGUAAAUAGCACCCAACAAUUUAUCGAUUGUUUUUUGUUGAUACGCGGGAUCGCCAACUUUUUUCUUGUGGACAUCAUGUUGAGUGGAUCAGCCAGGGAAAAAAAAAUCUGGAAAUGCAUGAGGUUGCAGGUUAUUCUAGAUUCCUUUAGGGAUUGUAAGCCUGGUGAAUCGUGUUGUCGUGUUAAUUUUUGGCACUGUAACAUCUUAUUAUUGCUGUAAAACAGUGGAUACAGCUGAAAGUUGUUCACAUUGUAACAGCCAUCCAUGAAGAGUUGUUUUUUGUUUCAUGUUUA